CAGGACCAUUGCCUCGCGCUCCGCGUGACGACAGGGUUAUCAGUGAUUCGCAUACGGGAAGCAGCCUCGCGUGGUCCGACUCCAUCGGUUCAUCCAUUUAGUGCGGGGCUAGCGCUGGUUGGUUGUAAGGCAGACUCCAACAAGUCGAGUCGUUUUCUUUGGUUCUCUUCAGAUAAGUCGUGCUGUCAGCACGCACUCCAGCUUAGGCGGCGGAAUGGGCGGCAAGCAACGGGGCGGGAAGGGGGCGACGGGCGGGGGGGAAGCAGCAGCGGCGGCGGCGGCGGCGGCGGCGGCGGCGGCGGCGCAUGGGGGGAGCCGGGGGGAAAAGGGGCGGAUGGGGGACGGUGCUGGCGAGAAAGGGCGGAAGACGGAUGGGGGCGUGGAGAAUGGGCGGGCAGCGGAGGUGGCGGUAUCGCUGGGGGUGACAGGGUACGCGGGGCACCUCGAGAUUGUCGCCGUGGACCGCCACCGCUUCCCCCUCCAUCCGCACCUCGCGCCCUCGCCCUUCGCGCUGCCCAAACCUCCUUUCCCCGAGCCUCUUGACGUUCGGGAGUUACCGGAGCUGUGCCCUCUAGCAGUGUGGGAUGACGUGGAGCGCCAGCUGGCAUCAGAGCCGCAGGACAACCCCAUGUGGCAGUAUGACUGGAUGCCACGUGGCGCCCUGUCAGCCGUGACACCUGGCGGGCUGGAGAGCGUGUUGCAGCCAGCGUGGCAGCCCCCUUGGCUUUUCUUCCCCCCAGGCACGUUUCUGGACCUCACGCGUCCGCCUCCCUCUGACGUUGAGCUGGUCCGUGGCACCACGGGCGGCCCCGCCUCGCACUCCCUCGCUCUCUCCUCCGACCCGCUCCCCCAUGCUGCUGCCGCUGGUAUUGGCGCUGCGGGUGGUGCGGGUGGUGCCAGUGGAGGUGCAGAGGGGUCCAAAGCGGAGGGGGCAGGGCAGUCAGAGGAGGCGUUGGCGGCGCUGUUUGCGUAUCUGGAGGGCAGUGGGGGAGGGGGAGCCGCUGAUGGGGAGGGGCGCAGUGGGGGUCUUGGGGAUGUGUCUUUGCUGCUGAGCGUGGCGCCAGGGUUCACUGAGGGAGGGCGAUUCGACACGAGGGAGGAGAGGGGCCUGCUGCCCCUCUCUCUGCUGUGCGCCCUGGCACCCGCCGCUAAGGACGCUUCCGAGGAGGCGCACGCUCUCAGUGCUGGAGGGGAGGCAGGGAGCGGUACUGGCGCUGGAGCCGUCGCCCGGCCAUCAACCCAGGCCAAGCCCAGGGCGAGGAAGAGCGGGGCAGCGGCAGCAGUGGACGAUCUGCUGGGGGCAGGCAGGGGAGCGUUCGGCAGCAUUGAGUGGUGGACGGCGGGCUCUGGGCUGGGGCUGCUGGGCUCCACGCCUGUCUCGUCCCGCCCUGCUGCUUCCAAAGACGGCCAGUCAUGGGCGUGGGCGGUGACAGACGCGGUGGCGAAUCUAGACCACGAGUUCGCCAUGAUUGAGCCCGACAUGGCCAUGCACUUCCCCUUCCAACUCGACACCUUCCAGAAGGAGGCCAUCAUCCAUCUGGAGCGCCACGAGUCGGUGUUCGUCGCCGCACACACCUCCGCGGGCAAGACCGUUGUUGCUGAAUACGCCUUCGCCCUCGCUGCCAAGCACUGCACGCGAGCAAUCUACACGUCGCCCAUCAAGGCCAUCAGCAACCAGAAGUUCCGCGACUUCAGCAAGCAGUUCGACGUAGGGCUGCUGACGGGCGACCUGAGCGUGCGCCCCGAGGCGUCGUGCCUCAUCAUGACCACCGAGAUCCUCAGGUCCAUGCUGUACCGCGCUGCUGACAUCAUCAAGGACAUCGAAUGGGUGGUGUUCGACGAGGUGCACUAUGUGAACGACAUGGAGCGCGGCGUGGUGUGGGAGGAGGUGAUCAUCAUGCUGCCGCCGCACGUGGGGCUCAUCAUGCUCUCCGCCACGGUGCCCAACACCACGGAGUUCGCAGAUUGGAUUGGGCGAACCAAGAGGAAGAAGAUUUUUGUUACGGGGUGAGUGGCACAGCCACCACGCGGCGCCCAGUGCCCUUGGAGCACAACCUCUACUACGGGGGCCGCCUGUACCGCAUCUUUGACCGCGGGGACAUCGACAGUGCGGCCCUGCGCACGGUGCACGCCGCCUUCAAGGCCAAGCACGCCCCCCCCGCACAGCACACAGGCGCAGGCGGCAG